AUGUCACCGACGCUCGCGGCCCUGGUAAUCGGCACCGCGGCGCACGGGCCAUCCGUUCAUGUCUGCAUCGCGCAAGGCCCGCCCUCUCACGUGCUGCGUAGCGCGGCUGCGGCACGUGCGGCUGCGGCACCGCUGAUGGGCCUGCUGGACGGCGCCAGGUCGGUCGCGGACGGUGCCAAGUCGAUUGCGGACGGCGUCAAGGCGGCGUACGAGGACGAUUCGUUUGUCCCGGAAGGCUUCGUGCGCGCGCGUCACAUCCUCUUCCUCGCGAGCGAAGGCGACUGCGAGGCAAAGGCGGCGGCGCUCACCGCUCGUAUCGAGCGCGGCGAGAUCGACUUUGACGAUGCGGCGCUGCGCUUCUCUGCGUGCCCGACGCGCGACCUGCACGGGGCGCUCGGGACCUUUGCGUCACUGAGCCGGCUGCGCGAAGGCACUCUGAGCGGCGACUCCAUGCCGUACGACGGCAAGGACACGGCCGCCUUUGACAGGCUCGUCCAGACCGCCGAGGUGGGGCGGCUCUGCACCGUGGCGAGCCAGUGGGGGACGCACAUCGUGCUGGCACCGGGUUUGGCGGUUCUGCUGCUGUGACGAGCCGCGCUGGUAAGGCCAAGGGGAGGAGAGGAGGCAGUCGGCGUAGGUGAAGACGGUCGCACAGUGACCUCAAGCAGGGCCAUAGUAUAGCUCCCUGCAAGUACAGCAUAGCCAUAGGCUGUCCAUAGGAUUCAAUCCGGCUUGUGUGUGGUGUCUCCGUUUGCCUGUUUUUACGGUAAGUUUACCAGAGAGAGAAAAAA